GGAACUAAAAAUUCUAGAAUCCACAUUUAUAUUUCAAUUCCCUCAAUCUCCCUUCGCUGUCAAUAAUUUCUUCCAAAAGACACAUUUUACUUUCUCUUUCCUCCACGUCCAGAGACCUCAUAAUUUAUCGUCCGGCUGCUUUGUGUCGCAGGAUUUCCAUUAUUCUACUGUAUGAUAUAAUCUAAUUCGUCUCAAAUCAUCUCCUUCACACACCCACCGACUUUCCUUGAAAACGGUAUAUAUCAACUGCAUCGUCCAUCUCUACAAAUUCAGUCCUCCAACAACACCGUGCCGUAUCAUUCCAAUCAAACUCCAUCUGCAAUCAAUAUGGCGGAAUUCAUCACCAAUCUCAUAGAAAUGGGAGCUGCCAAUUUCUACCGCAACACAACAGGUGCUUUCGCACAGAUGAAAGACAUGGAACUUCAAAAAUGGAUUCGAAUCGUCGCAGUAGUUGGAGCAUAUCUUCUCAUUAGGCCAUAUUUCAUCAAUCUUGGGGCGAAGAAACAAGAGAAAGAAUACGCCAAAGCAAGAGCUGAGCAUGCGGAACAGAAGGAAAAGGAGAAGCAUGUUGGCGCAAACUCUUUUAGAGAUUCGGCCAAGGCCUCCCAGGAUACCGACAGCGAGGAGGAUGCCAAAGCCACUUCGAGUGAUGUCAAGUGGGGCGGCAAGGCACGAAAGAAGCAAAGACAGGCAAUCAGAAAGAUUUUGGAUCAGGAGGAGAUGUUGAGAAAACAACAACAAGAGGACGAUGAGGAUAAGGACAUCCAGGAAUUCUUGCACGAUUAGGGGUAGAGGUGUGAAUAGCUUGCUUGGGCAAUACAUAGGGAUGUAUACUGUACAGAGGGGGAUUAUAUAUUGUCAAUCUUAAUAUCGACCUUGAACACACUUCCUCGUCUUUUCGCGGGAACUUCUCUUUAUGUUUACUUUGAGAGGAUGAUGUACUUGCUCUCGAGUAUCUACUCACGCUAUCGUGAGAUUAUUACUCACCCCCUGAAUAUAGGUCCCGAACACAGGUAGCCAGUAACAAAGGAAUGAGAAAGGACGGAUUACGAGGAAAUCGAGAUGAACAAUUGGAAAUCUCCAGGGACCUGCGGCAACUAGUUUGUCAAUUGAGUCUGGGGUACGAGAGGGCAAACUUGGGGCAGCAUUCUUACUGGACAGAUGUUCGAACUGGAGGGUUGACAAAGGCGUUCUAUGGUCCCAAUCAUUGAGGCAAAAUAUGCAAAGCAAUAUUCAAAUGUACGCCUUUCCACGAUGCUGUUGUCUGCAUGGCCCACAUUGCCCCCAUUGCUUACUUGCUAUGCCCACCACUCUUUGAUACGACGUCACCAAUCGCUCCAUCUUGCUAUUAGUAUUCUAUAUUAUACACAACUUUCCAGCUCCUUCUUUUGCACGAGUGCGAGUAUGUAGAUGUAGGAUCGUUAUGCAGUGAAUAUCAUUUGA